AUGAGCCCUACGGUUGCAAUCGUCUCCAUCGGAGAGAUGGGUCUGGGCAUGGCCCGCCUUCUCAAAGCCCACGACUACCGCGUAGUCACGGUCGCAGAAGGAAGAAGCGAACAUACCCUCGCGCGAAUCAGCUCCGCAGGCAUCGAGAUCCUCCCCUCUGACGAAGACCUAGUAAUCCAAGCCAACUACAUCCUCUCCAUAGUACCACCGAAGAACGCCAAGGCGACGGCGCAACGCAUAGCUAAAGCAUAUGCAUACGUCUCGACACAGACCGAAGAGGCGAAUCGGGAAGUGCACCGGCCUAGACGCACCGAACUAUACUACCUCGAGCUCAACGCCGUGCCGGCGCGCAUGGCGGAGGAGAUGGCAAGCCUGUUCGCAGACGCCAACGAAAACUCAGACGAUCUAACCAGGCCGGAUAAGCCGGACAAGUCCGGCCAGUGCCACUUCCUCGAUGGCGGGAUCAUAGGCGGGUCGCCGCAAAGCACGCAAGAUGGGGCGUGGACAAAGCCUAGCGUGGUGCUUUCGGGUGCGGUGGAUCUGGCUCCUGCGCUGCAAGCACUGGCAGAUGUCUUGAAUAUGAAGCUUGUCUCGGCGCAGAUUGGAGCGGCGAAAACGCUCAAGCUCUCCUUUAGCGCGCUAACCAAAGGACUAACUGCCCUGUCGAUUCUGUCCUUCUCCACUGCGCAGAAGGCGGCGCUGCUUCCGCCGCUCUUGGCGCUGUUGGAGGAACAUUCUCCGCGAACGGCGGCUUUGGCGACUCACGGGGUUAUUGGGAUGAGUCCCAAGGCGUACCGGUGGGAGGAUGAGAUGCGUGGGAUUGGGGAGAUGUUGGAGAGUGUGGGUGGAUGGGAUGUUGGGGGAUCGAUUUAUGGAGGCAUCGCGGAAGUGUAUCGGACUAUUGCGGAGGAUACGAUUUUAGGUCAGGAACGAGUUGAGCAUCGUGUGCGCGGUGUGACAGUCGACGAUGCCGCUCGGAUCAUUGCUUCACGGGAAGCGGAUAUGUCAUAG